UUGUGGUAUUGCAAUCAGAUGCAUCAAAACACAGCUGUCAGGAGGUGAGGGGCCGGUCUGGGGGUGUCUGCUGUUUCACAUCCUAUUAUGGAAGUUUUACCCACAUAUAUGGAUGUGGAGCACAGCAGGGUGUACAUUGACCAGCUGUACUCAAACGACUCACAAAAAUGCUUCCAGGCAGUGAGCGAGUUGAAGUUUGCGGUGAUAGGCAGCGUGCGGGAGAAAGGCUCCAUCAUCGAGCAGGGCGUAGUGGUGCGACUGCUGCAGAUACUCAGGGCUCCUGAGCUGGACAUUCUGCUCAAGACUGAGGUAGCAACAGUGCUCAACUCCUUGGCCAAGGGUCUGCCGGAGCAUGCGGCGGCAUUGGUGCAGGCGGGACUGCUGCCUGUCCUGUGGGAACAGCUUGAGAGCUGCCCGAGUGGAGGGAGUGGUAGUGUGUACACCCAGAUGCUGCUGUGCUGCCUGCGCUCCAUAUACCGGCAAGGGUGUGCCCCGCCACCACCCGCCUGGGACCAGAAGCUGUUGUCCUCACUCAUCCAGCACGGCUACCACCCGCCCAGCAACCAGGAAUGUGUUGCUAACAUCCUUGCUCAUGCCUGCAAGGUAUCCAGGACAAAUGAGCAGCAGCAGCAGCUAGUGGAUGCUGGUGGUGCUGACCUGGUGGCCUGCUUGCUGUGUUCUCCAGUGUCAAGGGUACAGCUCCCAGCACUACACUGCCUCACUGCAAUGUGCUUCAACAAUGAGAGAGUGUCAUCCAUAAUAGCCACCAAAAGUUACGGAGGGAAGGCAGUGCCAGACCUCCUGGUGGGACUGAUGGCGCGGGAUAGACCUCGGGACAUGCAGCUUGCUGCUGCCACCGCCCUGACCUUUCUACACCGCGCUGGAGCCCUCUCUGCUGAUGACCCAAGAAUUAUUUACAAAACCUUGCAGUGUUUGGUACGAAUGUGCAGGCGUGACCGAGAGGUGUGGGAGAGAGUGGAGGGGGCAAACACACUCGCUUACCUGACUGAGGUGAGCACCGACCUGCAGCGGACAGCGGCCAUGACAGACCACCUCAUCCACACUAUGAAUGACUACCUGAAGGACACCACACCUCCCAACGCCACUGUGCCACAGGGCAUCUCUGUCUCCCCAGUGUCCUGCCGGCAGUAUGACAACCCCAGCACAUGGCCAGAGCUGAUGGUCGGUGCGGCACUCAAGGUAUAUGCCUCCCUGGGUGCCAAUGACGAGGACAUCAGACAGAGGGUGAUCAAGACAGAUGUACUCAUGAACACCAUCGUCACGUCUCUCUCUGCCGCCAGUCCCCCCGUUCAGCUGGCGGCCGUCAGAUGCCUCCACUCCCUCUCCAGAUCAGUACACACACUCAGAACGACUCUUCAGGACCACGUGGUGUGGCGGCCCCUCAUGACAGUCCUCAAGACCUCCAACAAUGAGGAGCUGGUCACGGUAUCCUCAUCCACGCUGUGCAACCUGCUGCUGGAGUUCUCACCUUCCAAAGAACAAAUUCUGGACCAGGGGGCAGUGGAGUUCCUGUGCGGCCUCACCAGACGACCUCACCCCGGACUCAGACUAAAUGCUGUGUGGGCGCUGAUGAACAUGGCUUUCCAGGCUGAGCACAGAGUCAAGGUGUCCAUCUUGCACCACCUCGGGACAGACCAAAUCUUCCGCCUGCUGUCAGACACAGAUGUCCACAUCCUGAUGAAGACUCUGGGUCUGCUAAGGAACUUGCUGUCCACCAAGGGUCACAUCGACCAGAUUAUGCAGUGCCACGGCAAGGAGAUCAUGCAGGCCAUCAUCCUCAUCCUGGAGGGGGAACACUCUGCUGAGGUGAAGGAACAAGCUCUCUGCAUCCUGGCAAACAUUGCUGAUGGGGACAUUGCCAAGUCUGCCAUUAUGUCUAAUGAAGAUGUCCUAAAAAAACUCAUGAAUUAUAUGGUGAUACCCAACGUGAAGCUCCAGAUUGCUGCCACCUUCUGCAUCAGCAACCUCAUCUGGAACGUGGAGGAGGGUGCAACGGAGCGGCAAAACAAGCUAAGGGAGAUGGGUGUAUACAAGCUGCUCCAGAACCUCAUGACCACCACCGACACAGGACUCUUUGACAAAGUCAAGACAGCCCUGCAACAGUUCCACUAAAAUCAGGUCUUCUUGCAUCAAUUUAGAAUUAUUUCUAUAUAUAGAUAUAUAUUAUACAUGAUAACUAGAGUGCUACAGAGUCACUUUUAUUUCACGCUGGGCUCUCACUUCCUGCCGCAGAAGUGGUGUCGCAGUGGUGUCUAUUUUUUUCUGAGCUGACGAUGGAGCGAUGUGAUGAGAUUCUCCUCAAAUUGAAGUUUUUAGUAAUGUUCUCUUUGUUUACUUUGUAUGUACAGUAACUGUAUAUACUAAUCUUGUGAGAGCAGAAAACUAAGUAUGUAUAGCUGUGACUGACCUCAGUUCUUUGUUUAUUAGUUUAGGUCAAAUGAAAACCAGUUGCAUCUUGUAACAAUUAUAGAACCCACCUGUGUUGAACUGUUGUGUUUCUAACAGCAAAACAUUGUAACCUGUUUGGGUGGCAUGAAUGUGUUAUGUAAUAUUUAACUUUAUUUUUAUGGCAAUGGUAAUAGUAUGAUUUUGCAAGUUUGGGUGGUGCAGUGACAAGUCUACAAGUCCCAGUACUGCAUGUAGAGGACUUUAAUUCUGUUGUAUCAUAAUUUCCCUUGAGCUGGAGUGUACAUAAUAUUUUUUUUUGUUUUCUUAACACAUUAGGCACACAAAAGUCUCCCCAGCAGACGUGGGUACUGAUGCAAUGGUUAGGUAGGCUAAUGCUCCUCAUCUUGUAUUAUUUAUUUACAUGUUUGUCUCUUCCUCUUCUGCACCUACUUAGGUUGUCUCAAGAAUUAUCCUCUUCUGUUGAUUUGUGUAUUUCUUCAGUCUUUUCCUCUAUGGUGUAGUUAUGAAUAAAUUAAUAUAACUUCCAUUUUUGUUCUCUGUUCCCCUUUCCUCUUCACCUAAUAGAACUCAUUAUUUUUCUAUAAGCUUAUUUUACUACAUUUAUUAUCCUAAGCUUCCUUCUGUCUUCCCAAUAAGAUGUAUUUUCUCUACUAAUCUAUUCUAAUUACACUGGUAACAAAUCAAUGCAACAGCUGCCAAAAGUUUGAACAUUUACAGCAAAACCUUAUUAACUGACUUUUGGAAAAAAUUUUGUCUCGGGAAAUUAUCUAUCUAUUUGUUUAUUAAGUAUCUUCUAUCUAUCUAUCUGUGUAGCAGGCUUACAUUUCACAUUAGUGGGAUGCUGAGAGACAAGAUCACAUGUCACUGUAUGAAUAAGAAUACGGUGGUUCAUAGUAUCCUUGUUUCCUCUCUGCCUUAUAACAGAAAAGUGUAGCAACAUUCUUCCAUUCAAGUCCUGCAGUGUGUGGUCAUUCAUGUCCCUCUGUGUGCAGGGAAGUGAUGCUUAGAAUGAUUGGAUCUUAUGUUGGUUAACUCUGAAAACUGAAACUACUAAUACUCAUGUGUUUUGUGUGUGUGCAGGUUUUAGAUUAAGCCACAAGGCAAAGAGAGGAAUGUUAAUUGCACAUAGGUUCUCUGGCAAUAAAGUUGACAAUACAGUAUGUUAACUCCAUUGGAUGAUGUUUACUAGUUACUAAAAAGUUUGAAUUCUGGACAUACAUUGUGUAUAAGUUAAUAAGAUUUUGCUGUGUGACUUAAGUUUCCAAAGUGUUACAUUUUUUUAGUUUAGUUGGAAGUAAUACAGACGCACAACCAUUAAUUUCAACUUUGAAGACAGGAGUAACACAAAUUAAUACACUUCACAUUAGUCUUAACACUGUAAAGAAACCAUUCAUGAACAGACACACACAAAAUAUUGGUCUGCAGAGUUGAAAAAAAAUGACAUACUAAAUAUCAGCUUACAAACUUGAAGACACACACACACACACACACACACACACACACACACACACACACACACACACACACACACACACACACGCACAAUUUGUCUACAAACUUGAAAAGGUACAAAUGUUUGUAUGAGGUCGUAAAGCUUUACUGCAGGCACAGGAAUGAAGUGACAGGUAUAGAUACUUAGUUCUGUCAUUGAGUCAAGUUUUCCUUUUAUAAUGAAAAUUUCCUUCUGUUUACAUGUCAGCCGCUGAUAUUAAAAAAAAGAAAAGAAAAAAACGUGAUUGAAUCUAUUUA